ACGAUCUCAUCGGAGGACGUACGAGAUCUCCACUACUCACCAGGCCAAGCGGUUGGCCUCGAUCGGGCUGUGUGGCGGUGGGAUUGAGGAGGGAGAGUUCUCUUUUGCUUGUUAAGCUUCAGUUCACGGCCUUUGGUAACGCCAUACCCUGGCCUAUAAUUACGACCAUCAAGCACCCCUACCCCCAUUCAGUCAUCAGGACGCCAAGAUGACAGAGUAUACCGACGACCCAGAGGCGAUCAUGGAGUACAUGAACGCGCGUGACCGCACGAAGAACUGGGUCGUGUCGCAUUCGCAAGCCGUGGCCAGCGGCGCGUUUUAUUCCCCUUCCGUUGCUCCCUCCGUACGCACGCACGAGUCGAAUUCGUCCGACCCCGACUGGGACGCGGAGUCGAGCAAGUCCAUCCCUCCCCGCAUGGAACUCAAGUACGGCGACGGUCGCGUCAUCAAGAUAGGACCAGAUAUGGACCGUUACCAGGACGAUAGAGAGCGACGUCGAGAGCGGGAAACUCGCCGACGCGAUAGGGAAGAGAGGGAAUACCAACGACGCGAGCAGGACAAUGCCAGGAGAGCGUACACCGGCUACGAGUACGGUCAUCCAUAUGGCGACCCGCAGGAUCCGUAUGCGUACCAGCAAGAUCGUCACUCCCAUGGCCGUCGCUCCCGCACCCGAUCCCAUGGACACUCUAUCGCCGACUCGCGCGCGUCCAUGCCACCGAUACCGGUUCCUCCUCCGCAUCCCCAUACACCAUACUCCAACGCCUCUCCCUAUACUAGUGGCCCAAGUUCGCCUUACGGCGUCUCGCCACAGCACGGACCAGGCUCGUCGCCGUACAAAAGUUUCCACGAGCAGCCGCCGCGACCUGACCAACCAUUCAUCCCUCACAUGGAAGGUCAGCACGGACAGCCGUAUGCCAUGCCCGCCCAACAACCAUCCCCAAUUCAUCCGUCGCAAUCCCAACCUCAG